AUGGGCAAAAAUCUACUAGAGGAAGAUGUUUCUCCACAUAGUACUCAUAUGAGUAGUAGUAGUAGUGAUUAUUUAUCUACUACUUCAACUUUGGCUAUAACUCACAAACGAGGUGGUUCGGCUUCCGAGCCCAAAAGACGAAGGGUGACUAGAGCUUGCGAUACGUGUCGUUCGAAAAAAGUCAAAUGCGACGGGUGCCAGCCCUGCAUCCACUGCACUGUUUACUCCUUUCGCUGUACAUAUGACGAGCCAAAUAUCAGAAAUAAGAAAAAUAUCGGUAUCCCCAAACCGCCCGAAUCAAGUGUUGCCGCUUUGCAAGUUGCAGCGCAGGCGGCGGCAAGUGGAUACAACAGCGUUAAUGGGGUGUCUAUCGACGCUUACCCGACAAAGAACUUGAUUAUCGCCCAACAAGUAAUUUCGACAUUAUUCCCCAAACUUCAAAUUAAUUUUUUUAGCCACAAGUUGAAUUUCGACUUGGAUAGAUUCCAAAAAGCAGUAUCGCAUGUAGAGCAGAAACUGGGCUCUUUGGAACUUCUCUUGAACGAGGUGUCGGAGUUGACGCAGGACUUUGAUAAUCCUGUACCACCGUCUAGAGGUCAUACCGCUAGUGUCACAUCCGAUGACUCAUCACCUUCGCAAUCGCCUUGUGAAAUAAAACUCGUAUUGCCUAGUAAGGAAGAAACACUUCAGUUGAUUUUCACAACCUGGAAUAAAGCAUGUGUGCUAUUUAGAUUUUAUCAUAGACCAUCUUUGUUGGAGGAAAUUGACUUGUUAUAUUCAUUGGACCCUUCGCAGUACGGCGACCGACAACAAAAGUUUCUUCCGUUUUUGUAUUCUAGUUUAGCAUGCGGGUCUCUCUUCAGCAAGACUCCGUAUACUACUUCAACGGCGAACGAUCAUUUGGAAGACGAUGGAUUCAAGUAUUUCUUGGAAGCCAGAAAAUUGAUUGAUAUAAGUAACGUUGGAGAUUGUAACUCGAUACAGACUAUAAUUAUGAUGAUAAUCUACUUGCAAUGCUCGGCCAGAUUGUCAACUUGCUAUUCAUACAUUGGUAUAGCUUUAAGAAGCGCCUUGAAGGAGGGGCUUCAUCGUAAUUUAUCAGUUUUCCAGAAUUCAAGGAGGAAGUUAGAUCCCAUUGAGGUUGAUACACGGAAAAGAAUGUUUUUUACUAUUUACAAAAUGGACAUUUAUAUUAAUUCCUUGUUGGGAUUACCCAGAUCUUUAGCAGAGGAUGAAUUUGAUCAAGAAUUACCGGUAGACUUGGACGAUGAAAAUAUAACUAGGCAAGGCUACGAUUUUGAGAAACAGGGUGGCAAGCUAAGUUCUGCCGGCUGUGCUAACCACCAUACAAAACUUAUGUUUAUCAUGUCUCAUAUUAUAAGAAAGCUAUAUCCUGUAAAGGUAAAUAACGUUGAUCACACAGGGCCAGACGACAUUCAUCAGAAUGUGACGGAGCUUGAAAUGGAAUUGAAAAUAUGGUUGAAUAACUUACCGGCUGAGUUGCAGCCUACGGAUCCAAACUCUGAUAAAAUUGAUGUUCCUGCAAGAUUCGUGUUGGCAAACUGUUAUUUACAAUUGGCGUUUUUGAAUUGUCAAAUAAUGUUGUAUCGUCCAUUUAUUCAUUAUAUAAGCGAUUCCAUGAGAAGCAACUCCUCGGACCCUCGCUCGCUAAUAAGGGGGAGAAACUGUAUAAAGAUUGCUCGUAUGGUUGUUAAAUUGGCCAACAAAAUGAUUGACGAGAAAUUGUUGAUUGGGACAUAUUGGUUUUCUAUGUAUACCAUUUUUUUCAGCAUUGCAUGUUUGGUGUAUUAUUACCAUUUUGCAAAUUACAAGAAUAACGGUUUAGGGGCCAAUUAUGCUGGUGUUUUAUUUGAUGACGAUUUGAACAUAGACGUUAUUAAAAAGGAUAUUGAGAUUGGCAAGAAAGUGUUGGAUUGUUUGAAAAACUCCUCGAAUAGUUCGUUGCGGAUUUACAACAUUUUAAACACUUUGUUUGAACAAUUGAAUAGAAAAACUGCUUCAAGAUCGUUGGUGAAGAAGGUAAACUCAUCUCCUACAAAUAAUAACAACAAUAAUAAUGAUGAUACACAAUCGACAGCAGGUCAACUUAGAAGUGAGCCACCAGAAAGUUUUAAUUCAAGUAACGUGAGAAGUACAUUUGCUAAUUUUGAUAAUAACAAUCUGUAUCUGCAGAGUGGCAAGAGCGGGGAAUUGAAUGAAUUGUUUAAGAAUACAAACAUUGAUAGAUUUCAGACUCAUUCUGAAAUGGCACCAAGUAUUGUCAAUAUUCGAAAGCUCAGUCCCGUUAAGGAAGAGGAGAACGAGGAGAUUGGUGGUAAAGUCGGUGGCGAUCUCACUGCAAAUUACAUGCCGGGGGUUUUUGAUAAGCUUGAUGCACAAAUAUUUGGCAAGAUACUACCGCCAUAUAUGACGGAGAAGAAAGAGUUUAUCAACAAUGUACAACAGCAACAACAACAACAACAGCAGCAUGAGCAGCAACAGCAGCAGCAACAUCAGCCACAACAACAGCAGCAGCAGCAGCAGCAGCAACAUCAGCCACAACAGCAGCAGCAACAGCAGCAGCAGCAACAUCAGCAGCAGCAACAUCAGCAGCAGCAGCACCAUCAGCCACACCAUCAGCCACACCAUCAGCCACAUCAUCAGCGACAUCAGCGACAUCAGCAACGACAACAACAACCGAGGCAGGAGCUGUAUGUACCAACCGAGAAUAGAGAACCAACUGGGCCAGAUAUAACCACUAACAACUUUCUACAUCCUGUCCGAAUUGCACUGCUGAACACAGAUAUACUGGGAGAUAUUCUAGACUUUGAUGAACUUCUUGCAUCUUUCAGUGAUCCUAGUGGGUUCUCUGGUCAAAAGAACCUGAUUGAUUUUACUGCUUCUUAG